GGAAUGUGAAAUUCCGUGAACACUCGAUUGCAUUCCUACUGAAAACUGUUCCUCUUGCAGAGAUGUCAUACUCGAGAAUUUUUUUCCCGAACAAAGUGCUCCGUUUGCUUGAACGGACUAUCGCAUCCGUCGUAGUCGAUUCCGAAACUGUAGUAUACGAUUUACUCCGCGUUCAUCAGUGAUAAUAACGCCGACAAUCCCACGCGAAUUGGUGGCGUUGUUCCUGUGCAGUGUAAUGAAACGCAAGGCAGGAGCACACGGCGGAUAUUGAGUAUUCCGGAAUUCGCUCUCUGGAAAUCGGAGAAAACGCCACUCGGACAAGCGAAUCAGUGAGCGCCCUUUGGCGCGGACAAGUCUAAUGAGGAAGCUGCUGGAGGGACCUUGGUAGCCUUGGCGACCGACCGCGGGUGGGAGGCACGGCGUCUGCGGAUCUCGAUCUCUGAUCGACUUGCGUAAUGCUGCUUCUAUCAUCGACAGCGGAAGACAGACACGCCAUGCCAAGCCAUCCGGGAAAUAUGUCAGAGGCACGUCAGCAGCGACCUGUGGCCGUGGCGCAUGCAGAAACUCAGUGUAAGAGACUCACCAGGGACCGGCAGCGUCAGGGACGAAGGCAAUGUCAACCAACUGCCAGCCAAAAGCGCAUAGUCAUAGUCUUAUUUAGUAUUCCUGACGACUUCAAGCUCUUGGGAAACCCAUACGAGUUGUUCCUAGGACUAUGCCCUCCGAAGCACCCGGAAUUCAAAAAUAUCGCCACACGUCUGCGAAGCUACCGAAAUGCAAGUGGCAUUUACCAGAAAAGCAGAGGCCCCCUAUCAGAGGCUGGACUGUUUUUCAGGGGUGACAUGGUGACUUGUUUUCACUGUGGUGGUGCUCAUGGAGAGUGGAGAGAAGGAAAUGACCCACAUGUCGAACACAGCCGCUGGUAUCCAGAGUGCCUCUUCACCAGAUUCACAUUGGGGGAUAAUCGGGUGUAUUUCAUCUUCGGUGAACACCGUAACCAUCUGAGCAGGCUUGCAGAACGCGGACGUACAGAUUCUGCAGUGAAGGCGCUAGUGGACGCUCGCUUUGGCCGUGAAGACAUCCGUUUUUAUGAGGCUUCAGGAAUUAAAGUACAAGUCCUGUACCUCGCAGCAUCUUCGCUGAGAGAGGAUGCUUCCAAAAGUGACAUCGAGGCGAAACUCUCUGAGCUUUGCGACUUCAGACCUGAGAUUGAUUGGAGAACAAUACCACGUGACAAGCAAUGCUCAGAUCGCACGUUGGACAUGUCCAUGGUAUGUGCCAGGCAUGUCCCGGAUAUGUUACAACCUGAGGACCAGCGAAGGCCUAGCCGCCAGCGUCCUCAACCGUCCGAACCAGCAGAUCCGACUGUUUGCUUCGAAUAUUUAAACCGCUCCAGGUACCCCGAGUACGCGGACCCGUCGAAAAGGUUGGCAACAUUCGACCACUUCCCGCACACUCCCACGGAGCUCCUCAAUCCUGGAAGUAUGGCUAACGCUGGAUUGUUUUACGCAGGGGAAGGCGAUAAAACGAUCUGCUUCCACUGUGGAGGUCCACUCUCGCACUGGGAUCGUACCGACGAUCCAGCCAAGGAACACAUGAGAUGGCAUCCAAGCUGCGAAUACAUCCUUUGGAUGCUAAGGCAUACGUCGUCCGCACAUUUGGGACCACCUGAUAACAUAAGGCCUAUGGGAAGUUGCCCUAGAGCAUCCGUCACGACAGAUCGUGUGACCGUGAUGCCGCCAGUGCUUCCCGAACGAACAGCAGACGUAGCUAGGCCCCAGAACCCGGGAACCGUCCAGCGCCAAGAAGCUAACGGAGCGACAUACCAGACCGAGAGGCACAUUAUACCACAGAAGGAACCAGCACACCGCCGGUACGCAACGUUGGCAGACAGAGAGGCAUCUUUUCAAGGCUACCCAGCGACUGCAAAGGGAAAUACGCAAAACAUGGCGAAGGCGGGCUUUUUCUACACAGGGACUGACGACCUUACGACGUGUUUUCAGUGUGGAAACAGCGUUUGUAGUUGGGACGGUGACGAUGACCCAUUGGUAGAACAUGCCAGAUGGUUCCCGGAGUGCCCGUACGUCGAACUCCAGCUUGGUGACCUGGCCAUCAACGACGUUACGCAGACGCACCGAAAUCUGAUUGCGAAACAACAUGAAGCAGAAAUGAGCAAGUCUGACGGGCUAACUGAAAUGAUGCUGCGCCAUCUGAUGUCAGCAUAUGUCGUUCGCCGUCUGCUUUCCCAAGGCAUUAACGAUGCCCUCAUGGACUUGGCGAUUCGAACAAGGUUAAACAGCACUGGAUUGAUUGACGUCUUGGAUGAACAGGACGUUCACAGAGCACUAGCAGAUGUCAUCUCCCUGCCAAAGAAUGUCAGAACAUUGGAAGUUCCAAAAGCUGAUAGCGGUGAUCUCAGCAAGUGCGUUGUAUGCGGAACGGGAGGCCGACACACCAUUUUCUUUCCCUGCAAUCACCUUGUAGCCUGCAGAGGAUGUGCAUCGCAUUCCACCCUUUGUCCCUCCUGCACCCGUCCGAUUACGAGCAGAAGGGAUGUCUUCUUGGCCUGAAGAGGGUAUAUUAAAGAAAAUGGCGGCUGGCACCUGUCAAGAGACGUAUGCAACCUGUUGACAAAGACUCGAUCAAUAAACCAAUCAAUUCACCCCACCAAA